CCGGAAGUGUUAGCUUUAGCCGUUACGCUUUUUCGGCUAAUGGUUGCAGGCUGACCUUCUAGUGGCUUUGGCUGUGUGGAAUACAUUCAAGACGGAGGGCGGCUAAUAUUCACAGCACUUUCGACUCAAGGCAGUUUCUCACAGGGCACAAAGCUUCUGGGCUUACCCGUAUAUUCUUAAUAAAUAACGUUAAACAGCGGCGAUAUUCUCGCCAACGGACCCGCUAAUCCUCACGCAUACUUUCUGCCGCGGUGUUUUUUUUUUGUAGUCAAGCGCUCAGGAAUCCUCAUCACACAUGAGCCGAUAAGAGUUCGCGACGCGCUCGGUUCUGCACGCAAAUGAGACGUCGCUGUGUUCUUUCUACGUCUUCACGCAACGCUACAUUUGUGUUGUCGCGAAUUCCAUCCGGUCUGUAAAACAAACUGAAGUGCCGGUGCGUUUAUGUUAACUGUUACUCGGUCGAGGGGGCGAACCGGUCUCGGCUGCUCUCCCUUUGUUUGGGCCCAGGGCUCGGCUGAAUCCACUGGAGCUCCGUCUCAAACGUCUCAUUCGACCGCCAGCGCUAUUUUAGGAUGGCUCCACAGAAGCACGGAUCUGGUGGAAACGGGUUUUAUGCCAACAGCGGCGCGAGCAAAGCGGCUAACGGAGGAGCGCACGUAUCGUCCGGUGUUGUGAUGACUUCAGUCAAGCGACCCAAGAUGGAGCAGGUCCAAGCCGACCACGAACUCUUCCUGCAGGCCUUCGAGAAACCAACUCAAAUAUACCGAUUUCUUCGCACGAGGAAUCUUAUAGCACCAAUCUUCCUGCACAGAUCUCUUACAUACAUGUCCCACAGAAACUCAAGAACGAGUUCAAAAAGAAAAUGCUUUAGCAUGAAUGACCUGCUGUUCAAAGUAGAGAAGUCGAAAGUGGAUCAGGAAUCUCACAACAUGGCGUCAAACCUGCAGCUCACUUUUACUGGAUUCUUUCAUAAAACUGAGAAGCCAUUGCAGAACUCGGAGAACGAAGAAAACUCGGUGUCUGUGGAAGUGCUACUUGUCAAGGUCUGCCACAAGAAGAGAAAGGAUGUAAGUUGUCCAGUAAAGCAAGUGCCUACAGGUAAAAAGCAGGUGCCUCUGAACCCUGACAGCAGUCAGACCAAGCAUGGAGCUUUCCCCACUCUGAUCGUGCCCAGCCAAGAGUUUGAACCCAGUAACAGCCACAUGGUGAAGUCCUACUCCCUUCUGUUCAGAGUGUCUCGUCCAGGGGGGAGAGAGCACAACGGCAUGACCACCAGAGAUACCAAUGUUAUGGAAGAGCUGUCUAACAGGAAGAGGAGAUACUGCUCUAAUCAGGAUGAUGGAGAAACUACAUUUGUGGCGCAAAUGACAGUUUUUGAUAAAAAUAGACGACUCCAGCUUUUGGAUGGGGAGUAUGAAGUCUCCAUGCAGGAGAUAGAGGAGAGUCCUGUUGGCAAGAAAAGGGCGACGUGGGAAACCAUACUAGAUGGAAAGUGGCUUCCACCCUUCGAGACCUUUUCUCAGGGACCCACGCUGCAGUUCACUUUGCGAUGGACCAAUGACACGGCUGACAGGGGAACAGCACCAGUGGCCAAACCGCUUGCCACACGCAAUUCUGAAUCCAGCACAGUAGACAGCAGCAAGCCUAGCAAUGUGAAGCCGCCACAGGCAGUCGCUGUUAAUGAAUCAGUUGGCGCUGAUCUACCAGUAAGAAGAGAACAAACUCAUGUCGAACCUCGUCAGAAACUACGUGUGUAUUAUCAGUUCCUGUAUAACAAUAACGCUCGGCAGCAGACGGAGGCCAGAGAUGACCUGCACUGUCCCUGGUGCACGUUGAACUGCCGUAAGCUCUACAGCCUCCUCAAGCACCUCAAGCUCUCCCACAGCCGCUUCAUCUUCAACUAUGUGCCUCAUCCUAAAGGAGCCAGGAUAGAUGUGUCGAUUAAUGAAUGCUAUGACGGCUCUUAUGUGGGCAACCCUCAGGACAUCCACUGCCAGCCUGGCUUUGCCUUCAGCCGUAACGGCCCAGUGAAGAGGACUCCAGUUACACACCUUCUUGUCUGCAGGCCCAAGCGCUCAAAGCCUAGCCUCUCCGAGUUCCUGGAGCCAGAGGAUGGAGAACAGGAGCAGCAGCGGACAUACAUCAGCGGCCACAACCGCCUGUACUUCCACAGUGACAGCUGCACGCCACUUAGACCACAGGAAAUGGAUGUGGACAGUGAGGACGAGAGGGACCCAGCAUGGCUCAGAGAGAAGACCGUUAUGCAAAUCGAUGAAUUCACGGAUGUCAAUGAGGGAGAGAAAGAGGUCAUGAAAUUGUGGAACCUUCAUGUAAUGAAAAAUGGUGGCCUGGAUACUCUCCUCGUAUCACCUUACAUGUUACGUGAGUUUAUCUCUCAGAGCUUGAUCACAUUUCUGCCAGUAAUUCGCCUCUUUCUUUCCUUGCAGAUUCAUAGCUGACAACCAAAUGAAUCAGGCCUGCUUGUUGUUUGUGGAGCAGCACAUCACCACCAUCAUCGAGAAGAAUCUUUGCCAGAACAUUCUGCUCCAUCUGGUUAGCAUGCACGACUUUGGUUUAGUAAAUACAGCGACCAUAGAUAAGGCCAUGGCUCACCUGAAACCGCACAAAGACGGCCAGGAGCAAUCCAAAACACAAGACGAUGCUGAUGGUGGAUCCAGCUGCGAUGGUGAAGCCAGUGUAUCAAGUUUAGUCAACACCCAGAAUCACUGAAACCUCCUCCUCACACUCUGCAUUGAAUUGAGUGUCAGCAGGCAUCCCAGAGCCACAAGUUCUGCUCACUCACAGGGUUCAAGCUGAUGUCGAGUUAGCAGCGGGUUAUGUGGUUUGACGGCCACAUACUCUGCAGAUCAUGAUUUUGGCCUGAUGUCAUCAGAGUUCAAAGCAACUCUUUACUAGGUUCAAAUUACUUGAAGAUGCCAUUAGUCUUUAUGAUGGACUGUACAAGCAGGUCAGAUUUUUCUCUUCCCACACAACCCUGUGGCUCUAGUAAAUUGUUCUGCAAACUUGUUUAAGGUGCCCGUUUUUAAAAGGACUAUGAAAAUAUAUUUUUUUUUAAUAUAUUUUGAAAAUCAAUAGAUGGAAAUGGCUCCUACAAACUAGCUUUUACUGCAUAUUUUUCACAGGGGUUGAUAAACUCAUUCUGCAAACUUUAACUUUUUUUUGCUUGUGUAUGGCUUCAUUUCUUUAUUUUUUUUUAUUAUUUUUUUUUCUCCAGUUUUUCAGCAUUUCAGUUUGUGCCAUUCCAAGUUUUUUUUCUUUCUUUCUUCAUGGUGACUUAGUAUCCACUUUAAUGUUGCACCACACUUCAAGACUUCAACUGAGCCUUAAUUGGACUGACCUUGCAACACAAGCAUAUAGGUACAGGGUACUACAACCGGUGGAUUGCAGAAAUGUUUACACUUGCCUUACCCAUGAAUACAUGGACUCUAAGCAGGGUUUGACCUUUUGGUCUAAAUCAGUGCGAAAAUUAAUUAAUUUAGUCUUGUUUGAAUAAUUUCAAACUGUGUCCGGUUCCGUACAUUAGUUUUAUCACAGUGCAUCUGCUCUGGUGUCCAUCAAUUUAUCUCGUUUCCACUUGUCUUUCACGGUGGCCAUUUGUUUGAUUUUCAGGUGUUUCUGAGGAAACCUGUUGUAACGUGUACAUAGGUUUAGUGAUAUAACAUGAUGGCUUUGUUGAAUGGGACUGCAUUCCAGAAGGAAUAUUAUUUUAGACCAAAGUGAAAUUGCUAUAAUGUUUGUCUAGUUGGUUUCAAAUCAGAAAUGUAAGUCUUUAUAGUUGUUUUUUUUUUUGUUGUUGUUGUUGUUGUAUGCAUCUGUUUUAAAAGAAAGGGAUCUGUUUGUGAAUCAUUACUGCUUUAUUUCGCUACAACUGUGCACUGGGUUAAAAAAUAUUUUUGGUCAAUAUUGGUGAUCAAUUACUUAACUGGCUGAAGCCAUUGUGUAAUUGUUUUGUGUAACACUCUCAGUACAGCAACGAUUACACUCGAUGUGGAUUACUGAUAUAAAGUAAUGUCAAAAAAGAUACUUAUCUUCAAUAAGAACAUUAUGAAACCUGUUUGAGUUUCUGAAUUAUGCUGAAACGUGCUUGAGGUUGCUCUUUAUUUAAAAUAAAGAUUUUUUUGUUUUACAAUUGA